AUGCUUUUGGACUUAGAUGUUGGUGUACGCCCAGCUUUAGGAAACCUGUUUUACCAGAUCUUGAAUCUUGGUCGAGUAGAGAGCUUGGAUUUUGGAUGUGUAAUCUCUUGGGAUGCCGCACUUCUGGACGUCAUGAAUGAUCUGGAGGCCGACGCAUCAAUUGCAUCGUCGUUUCUAUCAGCAUGUAGAGCCUUGGAACUGUCUGUCGAUCAACAUCCAGAUCGAACACAGUUUUGCGAAAACCUCAGAAACUGGGUAUCAUAUUUGAUGCCAGCUCUCCGAAGAAUUAUAGAUAUGUCAUCAACUUCAGAGAACUCGUUAAACGCUAGUGAUGAACUAGACGAGAUGUCUCGAUCAUCGUCGCUUUCACUAGGAAUUUCUGAGGGUUUCGCAGCAUUGGCCUCGUUAGCAAAGCUGGGAGAUGCAUGGCAUAAAUCAUUUUCGUCUGCUCAAGGCCAGGUUGUAGUCUCGGCCAUACUCGAUUGUAUCGUAGAUGUAUUCAGACAACAGAUUAUCCAGGACAAUGGCCAGUUUGUCGCUGCCACAGCACUGGUUCUGUAUAUGGACUCGUUUGUACCUGUAAAUACCUGGAUCGGGGUCUUUGGUCAUGGAAGCCAAGGCCUGCCUAUAGAAAAUGCCACGAACGGUGUCAAUCAUCGAUGGUUGACUGAAAUGAGCGCUUGCAGACAAUCGUGGAAUGAGCAUGCUCAACUGUCCUUGUAUCAGGCCUUGAUCUCCUCCGCAAGACCAGCUACGUUGCAAUCCAUUAUUCCAGGAUCCGACGAUAGCUUGUACGAAGCCCUAUUUAGUCGAAUGUUUGCCGUCUGUAGCUCUCCGCAGAACGCUACCAUUCGAACAUACGCCCUUUUUGCUAUUGGAGUUUGGUUGGACGCGUCCAAAAGAAUGGAUUCCUACAAUGGUGUCAGAAAAUGCUUGACGCCUGCUGUAUAUCGCAAAUUGUUUGACUAUACGUUGAGCCUGUGGGAUGCCACAUCCGAUGCAGCUGUGGCAAAGUUGACUGCCGUUUUGGAUGGACUACUAGACGCUGCCGUUCGUUUGAUGUCUGAUGAUGAUCUAGCUGGACAGAUCAUUUUAGAUGUGUUAAAGAUAGACUGGGAAGUCAAAGCCAAAUAUGAAAUUUUGGGGCUGAUUCAAGCCAAGUUUGGAAUUGGGCAAUUAUUGAAGAUACAGCCUGAUUUGUUUGAUAUAUGUUUUGAAAACAUGAAGAAUCGCAAAAUUGCCAUGAAUAUACGAGCUUUUGUUGUUCGAUGCUUGCGCCAUCAUAUGAAUAGCUUGACCGUUGCAGAACGUCAACCAUCAGCCAUGAAGUUCUGGCUUCAGCCCUUGUCGAAGGCGUUGGUGUCUGACAACCACAACGUUCGCAAAGUGCUGAGUGAAGCAGUCUUACCAGAUAUCAUUCGAAAUGCUCCAGAAGCCGCAGAAUGUCUUCUCGCUGAACUAGAAGCAUUGGGGUCACCUCUCAAGGUCUCAGCUCAAUUCGCAAUAUAUAAGAGUUUACGUUUCCUCGGCCUAGAGUCUCAUACCUCGUCACCAUCUGAGAUAACUUUGCUUUCAGCCAUUGUUCAUGCGGAUAUGAACACUCGUAUCGACGCAUUGGGUUAUAUAUGUGAAGGUAGCAAGGGAUUGGAGGAGAUUGACGAGGUGGACUUAAAUGCAGUAAAAAAGUUUCUUGUUGCAAAUGGAGCCAUUCAGUCUGCUGACUUUCGUCAGCGAUUCUCUGGCUAUUUCAAGAAGAUUUUGCACCGAAUAAGACGGACAGUCUAUGCAAAUUGGCGAGAUUUUCUGGACCGUCAGGUAGUCAUCAAAUCAGCAUCAUCGCAGCAACAGGUGCUAGAAUCGCAGAUCAUUUGUGAUGAACUGCAAAGUAAACUGAACAUGAAACGAGACUUCUUGGAGUGGAUUUUGUCAUUCGCCAUAUACAACACAUAUCCCGGAGCAACCUUUCAAAGAAAAGAGUCGGCUUUAGCGCUCUUACAACACUACCAAGAAUCUGAAAAGGGAUUCAAGACUUCAGUAUUGCUGGAUUUCAGAAUCAAAACAAGUCCGUUUAAUGUAAACAUGAAUACGACCGCGGUUGUGGAAGCCUUGAUCACAACCUUGCUUCAUGAUAAGUACACCCCAACACGAAUAGCUGCGUUCGAGCUAUUGGCUGGUCUAGAAGGAGAGCUGGCAGGCUACGAAUUGGAGCAAUUGGUUAAACUGUCCACAUCUUUGAUGUCCAGUAAGCGCUACAGUCAAGCUGAAUCGGGAGCUCUUUUGAUGCACCUAGUGGCCAUCAAGUAUGGGCGAGAGAUGAAAAGAGAAAUCCACGUUGCUACGAGCACGUCAGCAACAGAAUACUCUCCAUAUGACCAUGUCAUGGUGCAAGUAUUGGAUUUAUUGGAAUUGCAAAUGACAGACUCUACAUCUUGGACUAUCUCCUUUGGACUUUUGAUUGCCUUGAAACAUCUCCUUUCUUCAGUAGACUACAUACAACUAUCCAAUGAGAAGCAACAAAAGCUCUUUGCCAAGCAAAGCUCGAGGAUGGUUUCCAUUGCGAGAAGGGCCUGCGCUAUUGCUGUGCCGAGCAUUAUGGAAGUUUCUCUUGGUGAAGGCAACGACGAAGUUGAUGUUGAUAUUGAUGAUGAGGGGUUAGAAGUUGCAUAUGCAUUCCGAGUUGUGAAGGAAUCAGCAUUAAUGUUGCAUGCCUUAUUGUCAAACGUGCCGUUUCCUGAUGACAUUGAAAAUGAAUGCUUUCUUGAAGUGAGAGAUAUUGAAAAUGCUGCUGACUUGUUGCGUGAAAUGGCCGUGAUGGCUCGUCAUCGUGGUGCGUUUACUGCAGUAACGAAUGCAUUUGAGACGUUGUGUUUACGUCUAUUGGCCAGCAAAAGCCGACAUCUUGGAUCCUUGCCAAAACGAUUUUUGGAUGAUUUGCUAGUCAUGAUGAACUCUGACGAUGUUGGAAUAACGAGAAGGAGUGCUGGAAUUCCAGAUACAAUUGUAUCGAUUCUCACCAAUGAAGCAACCUCGUCGAGAAAGCCACUGCUCAAAUACACCAUGUUUCGACUUCUCGAGAUGAUUGGCAAUUCGGACUCCGACCUCUCGUCGUUGCAGUCCUCAGCUUUCUAUACUUGUCAGGUUCAUGCCUUCAACACUUUGAGAGGCAUGGUAGAGGAUUCCAUUUUGGGUUUACGCCUUACAGAUAGCAUGGAAGAUCUGUUUGCAACUUGUAUUCAAGGAUUUCAUUCACUCAAUUUCUCUGUACGAAACAGUGCCGGAAUGAUGUUUUCCAGGCUUCUUAAUAAGACGAUGGGACCAAAGUCGGACUCCAUCACAGCUCAUGAGUUCUUUGAAAGAUUUCCCAGACUGAAAGAGGUGUUUCUGAACGAGCUGAGUUCCGCAGUCGAUGCAUUAGAACUGUCGGGAGAAGUCGUGGCUACACUGUAUCCCAUUUUAACCGUUUUGACCAAACUCAAACCGGCAACUUCAGACCUUCCCGAAGCAGAAGGGAGCGAAUUCAAAGCUCUGAUACAUAGAUGCGUGACAAUAGACAAAUACCAAGUCCGAGAAAUGGCAGCACGAUGUCUGCCAGCUUUUGUAACGCCAUCGUCGAUUUUAGCUGUCGUCAGAGAAUUGUUGACGUCCACAACAGCCAAAGAUCAAAAUCGUAGCCAUGGAUGUUUAUUACAAGCAGAGGCCCUCCUGAAAUCAUGGCACAACCUUCCUGCAUCUCGAACGGCUGACGCUCUGUCCACUCUGACGAAUAUCUUGAAUGAAUCUGCAUGGCUCUAUGACUCCAAUCCAUGUCCCAUCUCUCAAGCUCAAUAUCUCUCGAUCGUGUUUGAACAUAUCUUCGCCCAGGAUAAAUACGAUGAUAAGCCCAGUGAUUUCCAAAGGAUCAUCGUGCAACAUUGCCUAGCAUAUAUAGAAAGCAGCGACAAGUUGAAACGGAUUGGAGAGAAACGUUUGUUAUCUGUUUCUGUUCAGAUUUUGGUGGCACGUAUACAAUGGGUGGAUGUUGAUGAGCGCAUUACAUUGGAGAGACUGGUUGUGCACAAAAAUCGCUCUGUAAGAGAUACGGCGAUCUCUGCACUUUGCAAAGCGAGUCGUCUUGCAAAGAGCAACAAUGAUAUUGCUAGAGUAAUAGUAAUGCAACUAUUGGAUGGUAAAGUCCAUCCUCAUUCUCUCAACAUAAUGCUGGCUUUCUUGUCACAAUGGGAGGGUUUUGCUCUUCCAAGCGAUGUAAUGAACAGAUUCGCUGUGAUCCUUUCAAGAGUUACUAGAGACGCAGCACCUCUAAGCAUUCAGCUCCUCGGAAGAGUUACUCUCUUUUUGCUGGAGCAGGAUGAUCCCCUGACGUGUGGAGUUCUUGACCUGUUUGUACACACUGCCAGCAAUCUCUCGAUCCCAUCAGAACCAGCACCGUCUCGUAAAUCUGUGGCAACCAUUGCUGGUAGUAUUAUACCAGCUCUGGUCCAUAGACCUAGAUAUCAAGUGUCAUAUAUCAAACUAUGUCUUGUGCUAGAUACACUCCUUGUCGACGACGAUAUGAUAGUACGUGACUUGGCUAGCGCCAUUGUAGGAGACUUGACGGGAGAGGCUCCUAAAGUGGCCCCAGUGAGUCGAGAAGAGUUGAUGUUGUCAGUAUUGGCCUCUGGAACCUGGAUCCAGGAGUCGCUAUUGCUUAUCUUUGAAUACGUAUCGGAUUUAGCGUUAGGAAGUCAACGAGCUGAUCUGGUGAUCAAAACGGAAUUGUCAAACGAGACAAUAGUCUUCAUCCACGAAAGUGAUAAUUUGCAUCGAGAAGCGUUACAGGAUGCUCAACUUGGGUAUCAGGCUCUAAAAAUUCUUCUAAAGCCUCACUCUCAGCACAUACAUCGCUUUAUCGAUCGGUUGGAGCAGAAUGUGAAGUAUAUGGUGGAGAUGAUGGUCGGUAAACUGGACUUGUCUACUGUGCCUCAUAGACCUGAACUCUUUGUUUUGGUUGCUCGUCACUUGAUGGCGAUAAGAACUUUGUUGGUGAUUUGUCGAGAUCACAAAGAAAGGGACGUGAGAACACGUGUAUUAAAGGUAUACGAUGAGUUACAAGCGUGCUUGGACGACUUCUUCAUCAUUACGGAAUAG